AUGUCUGUGGCUCGGCUCUCCACCGAGGACGGUGAUAGAGAGUCCAAAAGGUCUAAGGGGAGCUCACCUAUGCUGGGGUUCUCGGACGAGGAUAAGAUUGGAACCAUACAACCCCACAACGAUGCACUAGUAGUUACACUUAGGAUUGGAGGGUUUGACGUGAAGAGAGUGCUAGUAGAUCAGGGCAGUGCUGUGGAAGUAAUGUACCCUGAUUUGUACAAGGAGCUGAACCUAAGGCCCAAGGACCUGACGGCGUACGACUCCCCUUUGGUAAGUUUCAAAGGGAAGACUGUCACACCGAAGGGACAGAUCAGAUUGCCCAUACAGACCAGAUCGGAGGUGGUGGAGAUGGAUUUUAUCGUGGUUGACGCUUACUCACCGUAUACGGCCAUAAUGGCCAGACCUUGGCUCCACGCCCUGGAAGCCAUUUCUUUUACACUUCACCAGAAGGUAAAGUACCCAUCAGAGGGCCAAGUGGAGGAAAUUAGGGGAGAUCAAGCCAUGGCUAGGCAAUGCAUGGUGGCUGCCAUUUCACGCCUAUCCAGUGCAGAACCCUUGGCUUCUAUAAGAAAGGACUUGUAG